CAUAUAUUGUGAAAGUAUGAUGUAUAAAUAAGUAGUUUGGCAUUUAGGAGACUCAAUGAUGAGAUUCUAAAGAAAGAAGUAUUUGCAUUGGCUUUAGUUUACAUGAUCUAAGUUUGGGUAGGUAGAUACAAAAUCUUUAAAGAUUUGAAACACCAACAACCAAAACUGAAAUGAAUAAGAUAAACCCCAUGAAAAUCCAUUUUCGUGAUUCCAUUGAAGCAUUUAAACUCAUGAUCCACCGGCGUGAAACCUGCCGGAAAAUCACAUUUUAAAAACAAGUCAACUUUUGGUAGCAUUAACUUCCUCCACCUUUCCGCCCCCAUUAAAAAGGAAAUUGGGAUUUGGGGGGGUUUAGAUCAAUUUGGGCAAUAUUUUAAUUCAAUCUCAUACUAUAUUUACACAUAUUUCGAUCCGAUAUACAUUGUCAGUUUCACAGUCAUAUCAGCUUCAGUUUCAGUUUGUCUGUUCGUAAUUCACUUGAGCGAGGUUUUGAAAUCAAGAUCUACAUUUGAAGCGAUAAACGAAACGUAUCACUCAGCACAAUUAUUGUCGGUGAGUAGAGAAGAUGAGUGAAGGACAGCGGUUUCAGCUGGGAACAAUCGGGGCGUUAGGUUUGUCUGUGGUUUCUUCGGUUUCGAUUGUAAUCUGCAACAAAGCGCUCAUCAGCACCCUUGGUUUUACGUUCGCUACAACUUUGACAAGCUGGCAUCUUUUAGUCACAUUUUGUUCACUACAUGUGGCAUUAUGGAUGAAAUUUUUUGAGCACAAACCUUUUGAUCCUAAAGCUGUAAUGGGCUUUGGCAUAUUGAAUGGGACCUCUAUUGGGCUUUUAAACCUUAGCCUCGGUUUCAAUUCUGUUGGCUUUUACCAGAUGACCAAAUUAGCAAUCAUCCCAUGCACUGUUCUUUUAGAGACUCUUUUCUUCAGCAAACAAUUCAGCAAGAAGAUCCGUUUCUCACUUACUGUUCUUCUCAUGGGAGUUGGUAUUGCAACUGUAACUGACCUGCAACUCAACAUGUUGGGCAGUGUUUUAUCCCUGCUAGCAGUCCUUACAACUUGUGUUGCUCAGAUUAUGACAAAUACAAUCCAGAAGAAAUACAAGGUUUCAUCAACUCAACUUCUAUACCAAUCUUGCCCUUAUCAAGCUCUUACAUUGUUCAUCGUGGGCCCAUUUUUAGACGCCCUUUUGACAAAUAAGAAUGUUUUUGCCUUCAAAUAUACUCCUCUAGUACUGGGGUUUAUUGUCCUUUCUUGCAUGAUAUCAGUAUCUGUAAACUUCAGUACUUUCUUAGUGAUUGGAAAAACAUCCCCUGUAACUUAUCAAGUAUUGGGUCAUUUAAAAACAUGUCUAGUUUUGGCUUUUGGAUAUGUUUUAUUACAUGAUCCAUUUAGUUGGAGAAACAUUCUUGGAAUCCUCAUUGCUGUUGUUGGCAUGGUUCUCUAUUCUUAUUUCUGUACUCGUGAUGCUCAACCAAAAGCCAUUGAACCAUUAACACAGUUAUCUCAGGAGAGCGAGAGUGAUCCUUUGAUAAAUGUGGAAAACGGAGUGAACACUGUAAGUGAAAGUAGUCCUCAAAAGUUAGAACAAGUUAAGAAGAAAGAAGAAGAAGAAGAAGAAGAAGAAGAAGAAGAAGAAGAGAAUAUCUUGUUUAUUGUUAAUUUUGUUGGAUGGGUAUGGAUUGGAUGCAAAUAG